AUGCAUUGGAUACUGUUUCAGACGCUUUUGGCCGUCUUCAUCACAAAUGAAGUGGCGCCCGAUGCCAAAGACGAGUUCAUCGACGGAUUCACGUGCUCGAGUGGCGGACAUUCAUCGGCUGCAAAAGCUACCGAUUUGGCAAUUCAUUUAAUGGCAAAUUAUUCAAGAAAUGUUCUUCCUGAACCAUCACCGGUCAAAGUGGAAGUAGAGAUUACAAUACAAGAUAUUUCGGAUAUUUCGGCAAUCACUGGUACAUUCAUUAUCGACUAUUGGAUCAGUGCCAUUUGGAACGACAAACGAUUAGCCUACACCCAUCUGGAUCCAUGUCGAAAAAAUUUGUCCCUUGAUCACGAUAUGGAACCUCGACUUUGGUCGCCGAACGUAUGUAUUGUUAACUCGAAAUCGACCAAAGUCCACGCUUCGCCGAAACCGAAUAUUCUUUUAAUGAUAUUUCCCAACGGGACCAUUUGGCUCAACUACCGUAUUCGAUCUGAGGCUCCGUGUCAGAUGGACCUCCGCAAUUUUCCCCUUGACAGUAUCCGCUGCACUCUUGUGUUUGAGAGCUACUCGUAUAAUGCGGCCGAUGUCGAACUGUAUUGGCUCGAAUGGUCCCCAGUGAGCACCGUUCGAGACGAUUACAAUCUGCCGGAUUUCAAAAUGACCAAUAUCACCUAUGCGAAUUUCACAGAAGUUUACACAGCGGGAAUAUGGCACAGAUUGUCGGUAUCAAUUUAUUUCGAAAGACUUUACGGCUUUUAUAUUCUGCAGAUGUAUCUUCCAACAUAUAUUUCGGUAUUCAUUUCAUGGAUCGCAUUUUGGAUGGAUACUCGUGCGUUGCCCGCUCGAAUAACUCUUUCCGUUUCUUCUCUAAUGGCGCUCACAUUUCAAUUUGGCAACAUCGCUUCUUAUGUCAAAGCCAUCGAUAUCUGGAUGUUCAGCUGUGUCGGCUUCAUCUUCUGUUCGCUCAUUGAACUGGCUAUUGUGGCAUACAAUGACAAAAUGCAGGAUCAACGCCUACGCGAGGCCCAAGAGGCACCGUAUUCAAACAUAUUGGCGAAUGGAAACGUUCAACGACAGCCUUCGAAGAAUCGAUUCAGCGCUGCAAAUCGGAAAGGAAGCGAAUUCGGCGCGGCCGUAGAUCGUGUUGCCAGCAUGGCAUUUCCAACGAUGUUUGCUUUGUUCAAUCUCGUCUACUGGUCCUACUACCUCACAACAAGCAUGAACCAAGAAUUUGUCUGA